ACUUCCGCUCAGGUCCGUUUGUUGUCCCUUGCCCCUACGUCGUGGGCCUCAGGAAUGGGGUCCGCCAGCCUGGCCAGGCUGCACGGGCUCUUCGCGGCCUACAAACCCCCCGGGUUGAAAUGGGAGCACCUGCGGGAUACCGUGGAGCUGCAGCUUCUGAAGGGUCUCAACGCAGGGGCCCCUCCGCCUGUCGCCCAACAGCGUGUGCGCUUCCUGCUGGGUCCCGUGGAGGGCAGCGAGAAGAAGGAGCUGACCCUCACAGCCACCAGUGUGCCCUCUCUAACCAACCACCCGCUGGUCUGUGGACCAGCCUUCACCAGCCUGAAGAUUGGCGUGGGGCACCGGCUGGACCCGCAGGCUUCGGGGGUGCUUGUGCUCGGCGUGGGACGCGGAUGCAGGCUCCUCACUGACCUGUACGAUGCUCACGUCACCAGGGACUACACUGUCCGCGGCGUCCUGGGCAAGGCCACCGACGACUUCAGUGAGGACGGGAGGCUACUGGAGCGGACGACGUACGACCACGUGACCAGAGAGAAGCUGGACCGAAUCCUGGCCAUGGUCCAAGGCUCCCACCAGAAAGCGCUGGUGAUGUACUCCAACCUGGACCUGCAGACGCAGGAGGCCUACGAGAUGGCCGUGCGGGGCCUCAUCCGGCCCCUGUCCCCAUCCCCGAUGCUGGUGACUGGCAUCCGCUGCCUCCACUUCGCGCCCCCCGAGUUCCUCUUAGAGGUGCAGUGCAUGCAUGAGACGCAGAAGGAGCUGCGACGCCUGGUGCACGAGGUGGGCCUGGAGCUGAAGAGCAGCGCCGUGUGCUCGCAGGUACGGCGCACGCGCGACGGCUGCUUCACACUGGCCCAGGCCCUCCCGCGCGGCCGAUGGGACCUGCACAGCGUCCAGAAGGCCAUCGAGGAUGCUGCUCCCCGGGUGGCCACACAGCUUGAGAGCCUGAGGCCCGAGUUGGGCACCCAGCAGCCUCCCCCUGGUCUGGACGGGCCCAGGACCCCACAGGGCACCGAGACGAGAAGGUUCCAGAGCCAGAACUGUGCCGAAAGUGAGAAGAGGCGGCGACGCUCUCCUGCCCGGGACAGGAAGCUCUGAAGGCUGGAUCGCAGGUUUCACACGCAAGUCGAAAAAAUGCUCCAGGACCCCAGUGAUAGCACCACGUGGAGGGCGUUGGCCUUGCACACGGCUGACCCGGGUUCAAUCCCUGGCAUCCCAGGGUCCUCUGAGCCUGCCAAGAGUGAUUCCCUGAGCACGGAGCCAGGAGUCCAUCCUGAGCACUGCUGGGUGUGACCCCAAAAUCCAAACCAAACUCUGCGACUCGGGCCAGGGAGGUUGGCUCCGUGAUGGACUGAGCGUGUGCCUUGCACAGCCUCUGGGUUCGACUCCUCGCACUGCAAAUUUGACAUCAGUCUCCACAGCCGUGAAGAUGGACAGAGGCACAGGCCCAAGAGGAAACUUCCUGGGCCGCCGAGAGCUGAGGGCUGUCGGGGGCCUAGGACUGCCUGCACAUGGCCGGGAAAAGAUGGCCAAGAAGCAGAAACAGCUCAGAAUCACACGUUUAUGGAGCAGAGGAAACCAGGUGUCCAGCAGCCAGGCUGGCCGCUAAUGACACAAUGGGGUGGCUCCCCCGGGGCCCCUGGGGGUGGUGAUAAAAUGAUAACACCAGUGUUAGCAAACCAGGUAUCUGCGGUGUUGAAAAGUAUAAAGGU